AUGGCUCCAAAGACUGGGUUCAAAAUCCCUCAACCUUGGGACACAAGUAGACCUAUACUUGAUGAAAAGGAUCCCCUGUCGAUUGAGGCAUAUUUGCGUCACUGCGCGCAGAUCGUGGAGGAUGGUGGCAUCACAGAUGUCAAACAGGCAAAAAGCAUGUACAUCCGUUAUUUGCCGUCGCGGCAAGUGAUGGACGUAUGGGAAGGUCUCGAUACCUAUUCCGACGACACGAAAACUGUCGCGGAAUUCGAGGCCGAAAUAUUAAAAGGAUACCCUGAGGUGUCCAAGCGAAAAACGGGGACCAUGGCAGAUCUAGACAGGCUCUGUCGCGAGAACCGUGGAAUCAAAAUCACGGAUGAGGGAGAUUUGAAGCGUUUCGGCCUUCAAAUGUAUAGUCACUACAAGCGACUGUCAGUCCCUCCUGCCAUUAUCACCAACAAAGUCGCGUGUGAACGCUACAUGCGUACUUUGGACUCCGAGUUCAGUACCGUCUUGCGAAAUGCUUUGGCUACGAGUCAAGUAUUCAAUAAGCGCUACCAAACUCGCGCCGGGAUAGCAAACGCUAAUGUCCCCGCGACUGGAGUCAAUCGGCAGGACGACCCCAUCCAGUUGAAAGAACUAAUGACAAUGGCGGAAGAAAUGGCGUCGACGUUGAGCAACGAAGACGAAAUUCCCAUAAUCGCGCGACCUCCCAAGGUUCGUUUCGACUAUGAGACUAGUCCACCCAACCAUGCUAAGGUUGAGGAGUUGGAAAACUCGAUUUCCAACUUGAAGGAUUCAUUUCUUCUACACCAAAAAGAGCUACAGACUCAGUUGCAGGAAGCGCUGAAGACCUUCCUACCAAAUGGAGAAGGGACUCAGGGACAACGAGUAGAGGCUUAUUGGAAGAAGAAGGGCAAGUCCGUCAAUUUCCAAGACUCCUACUACUUGGAUCAGUUCGAUAGCCGCGACAAUGAUGAUAUGUCCGACUACCCUGAAGAAGUGGCAGAUGAGAUACGCUCCCUUCGAAGUCAACUCAUCCAAUAUGAGAGGAAGUCGUCGCGGCCAACCCCAGAGAGUCGCGCUGAGCCAAAGACUCAACGAACUGCAUCUGGUUCGACCAGCAACGCAAUGGAAAGUGCCAUGGGCCAGUUCAUGCAGAAAGCCAUGACCGACGCCAUGGCCGGCUACUUCAACAACAUGAACAGUGGUUAUCCUCAGACUCAGGAACAGUUCAUUCAAACCCGUCGUGGUGCGAAUAGCCAACCUGAGCGCGACGAUAACAACUCGGCCAAGCCCUCUGAGGACCAUGAUAAACGAGCUGAGCGACGAGAGAAACCGAGAAAACCUGUGAUUAUUGAAGAAGUUAGUGAUAGCGACGAUGAUGAGGAAUCAGUGCGCGACAACGUCGAAAAGAGAAAGGAACUACCGUUUGAGAAAGUCAAGCCCGUUCUACAAGAACCAGUACAUUCUUCAAAAGCGCGCGUUCCAGAUAAAUACCAGUUGCGUGCACCGAUUCAAACGAAGGCUGUAGCAGAAGCAGUCUACGACAAAAUGAAAAACGCGUCAGUCGACGUCACUGUGGGUGAACUCCUAGCAGUUUCGGGGACUGUUCGCGACUCCAUUCUGAAGGACUCUUCGAAGAAACGAGUACCGGUUCAGAAGUCCAUGCUUCAAGAAACUGGUCGCGUCGUUGAAGACGUUUGGGAUGGAGAGCUGAGCUACAACCUAUGGAAGGAGAAAUUCCCAUUGGCGCAGUUGUCGCGACGGACCCAUAUGAAUGUACUUGGAGUCGAUACCCUCUAA